AGAAGAGAAAGAGAGGAAGUUAUCGGUCUUAGAAUCUAUAAAUUUACAGUAAAAUAUUUUUCGCUUCACCAUUUGUUGUACAGUUUCCGUGCAAUUAACAGCAACAGAUUAAUUAGGUAAAAGUGUACAAAUAAAUACGAAAAAAAAUGUCUGCCUCAUCGAAUCAACUUAGUGACUUUAAGAAACAACAAAAGAAUGGACCAGCUGUUGCCACCAUUGGAACUGGAGCUCCAAUUGGAGUCAAAACAGCAGUUCAAACUGUUGGAAAGCGUGGUCCAAUCCUCUUGCAAGACAUCAACUAUAUUGAUGAAAUGGCACAUUUUGAUCGUGAAAGAAUUCCAGAACGUGUUGUUCAUGCUAAGGGAGCUGGUGCAUUUGGUUAUUUUGAAGUUACUCAUGAUAUUACAAAGUACUGUGGUGCUAAAAUCUUUGAGAAAGUCGGAAAACGUACACCAAUUGCUGUAAGAUUUUCUACUGUCGGUGGUGAAAGUGGCUCAGCCGACACAGUUCGUGAUCCUCGUGGUUUCGCUGUCAAAUUUUAUACUGAUGAUGGUGUUUGGGAUUUGGUUGGCAACAACACACCAAUUUUUUUCAUCCGUGAUCCUAUCCUUUUCCCAAGCUUCGUUCACACUCAAAAGAGAAAUCCACAAACUCACUUGAAAGACCCUGAUAUGUUCUGGGAUUUUGUUACAUUGAGACCAGAAUCAACACAUCAAAUCAUGUACUUGUUCGGUGAUCGAGGCAUUCCAAAUGGUUAUCGCUACAUGAAUGGUUUUGGUUCACACACAUUCAAAAUGGUUAAUGAGAAGGGCGAGGCUGUUUAUUGUAAAUUCCAUUACAAGACUGCACAAGGAAUUCAAAACUUGGAUGUUAAGAAAGCUGAUGACUUGUCAGGAUCAGAUCCAGAUUAUUCCAUUCGUGAUCUUUAUGAUGCAAUUGCUCGUGGUGAUCAUCCAGUUUAUAAUAUGUUCAUUCAAGUGAUGACUUUUGAUGAAGCUGAACGAUACAAGUGGAAUCCAUUUGAUGUUACAAAAGUUUGGUCACACAAAGACUAUCCAUUGAUUCCAGUUGGUCGUUUGGUGCUCGAUAGAAAUCCCAACAAUUAUUUCGCUGAAGUUGAACAAAUUGCAUUCUGUCCAUCACAUUUGGUACCUGGAAUUGAAGCAUCACCUGAUAAAAUGUUACAAGGCCGUCUCUUCUCAUACACUGAUACACAUCGUCAUCGUUUGGGUGCUAAUUACUUACAAUUGCCUGUUAAUUGUCCAUAUCGCGUUAGUGUAAAGAACUUCCAACGUGAUGGACCAUUGUGCUUUAAUGACAACCAAGGUGGUGCACCAAAUUAUUAUCCAAACAGUUUCGGAGGACCUGAACCAUCACAACGCACAAGAGACUUGCAAGGACCAUACAAAUUAUCAGGUGAAGUUUACCGUUAUGACAGUGGAGAUGAAGAUAAUUUCAGCCAACCUGCUCUAUUCUGGAAUAAUGUCUUGGAUGAUGCUGCAAGAAAACGUCUCGUCUCAAAUAUCGCUGGUCACAUUGUUAAUGCUAAGGAAUUCAUCCAAGAACGUGCAAUCAAAAACUUCUCACAAGUGUCUGAUGUAUUUGGUCAGCAAUUGAGAGAAGCAAUCAACUUGAAGAGAUCAGCCAAGAUGUAA